GCAGGUGACAUCUGUUCUCAUCGCUUGUGACAAUGAUCGUGAUGAAACGCGGACCUUUUUCGAUUUGAUGCCGCUCGGCCGACCCGUCCGGUCCCGACGGCUUCGCUGUUCCGCUUUCUCCGUGCAGGCUUUCGAGCGCAACCGCCCAGAGGAAAUGUCGGCUGACCUGGUGGGUGUUUGGGAAGUGGCGCUGAGCGAUGGGGUGCACAGGAUUGAGUUUGAGCACGGCACGACGACGGGCAAACGCGUCAUCUACAUCAAUGGAAAGGAAAUUUUGAGAAGGGACUGGAUGUUCAAGCUUGUCGGAAAAGAGACGUUCAGUGUGGGUAGGACGCAAACGAAGGCCACUAUAAACAUUGAUGCCGUCAGCGGCUUUGCUUACGAGUACACCUUGGAAAUCAACGGAAAGAGUCUCAAAUCGUACAUGGAGAACCGAUCGAAGAUCACUAACACGUGGCUCGUGAAUCUCGAUGGCCUUGACUGUAGGAUAGUUUUAGAGAAAGACACAAUGGACAUAUGGUGCAACGGGCAGAAGAUGGAGACGGCAGGUGAGUUUGUAGAUGACGGCACUGAGACGCACUUCACGGUGGGGGACCAUGACUGCUGCAUCAAGGCUGUGAGCAGCGGCAGAAGAAAGGAUGGAAUCAUCCACACGCUGCUGGUGGACGGGACUGAGGUGUCGGAGGCAACCGAAUGACGGCCGUCCGCUUAUUCCUUUGCCUGGGUUUCCAUCUGAAGUGCACUGAACAGCCUCAGUAAUAUUCCAUUCAA